GCCUACCCAAGGGUGUGUCGUCCUGAAACCAUCCAGCGCUCGAGCUCAUAACGUGAUCUCCAGUCGUAGCAAGUGGAGUGUCGACAUGGGGAAAGCAACAGGGCGCUGGGACUUUGAAUGGGUUUAUAAUGAACAGCCACAUACUUCACGAAGAAAAGAAAUUCUAGCCAAAUACCCACAGAUCAAGUCUUUGAUGGGCCACGACCCUCAGCUGAAGUGGGUAGUAGCGGGGAUGGUCCUGACCCAGCUGCUGGCUUGCUACCUGGUGCACGACCUCAGCUGGAAGUGGGUGUUCUUCUGGGCCUACGCCUUCGGCGGCUGCAUCAACCACUCCCUCACGCUGGCCAUCCACGACAUCUCGCACAACGUGGCCUUUGGCAACAAGCAGGCGCGCUGGAACCGCUGGUUCGCCAUGUUCGCCAACAUCCCCAUCGGCCUGCCGUAUUCGGCCUCCUUCAAGAAGUACCACGUGGACCACCACCGCUACCUGGGAGGGGACGGCCUGGACGUGGACAUCCCCACCGAGCUGGAGGGCUGGUUCUUCAGCACGCCGCUCAGGAAGGUGGUGUGGCUGUUCUUCCAGCCCUUCUUCUACGCGCUGCGCCCCCUGCUGGUGAACCCCAAGCCGGUGACGAGGCUGGAGCUGAUGAACGCCCUGGUCCAGUUUGCGGUGGACGGCGUGAUCUACUACCUGUGGGGCUUGAAGCCCAUCAUUUACCUGAUCGCGGGCUCCAUCCUGUGCAUGGGCCUGCAUCCCAUCUCUGGACACUUCAUCGCGGAGCACUACAUGUUUCUGAAGGGCCACGAGACGUACUCAUACUAUGGCCCGCUGAACUUUAUUACCUUCAAUGUGGGCUACCACAUGGAGCACCAUGACUUCCCCAGUAUCCCUGGCAGUAAACUACCACUGGUGAAGGAGAUUGCGGCAGAGUAUUAUGACAAUCUACCCCAGCACACGUCCUGGGUGCGCGUGCUUUGGGACUUUGUGUUCGACGACAGCAUUGGCCCCUACGCUCGGAUCAAGCGUCAAUACAAGCUCGUCAAAAAGGAAUGAAGAUGCCCCUUCGCUGCUGAUUCCCUACCUAGCUAACGUCAUUUUGUUAGUUUGUUUGUUUUCCUUUGUGUUGUUUGUCUAUACAUAACAGAGGUUCAUUAAAUGUGAAGCUCUCUGUGUUUGACACACACACACACACACACACACACACACACACACACACACACACACACACACCCUCUCACCACCAUUCAGAAAAUGCCUGGGGAUGUUCCGUUGGGCUUCCCAAACUGGUUUGUCUCCUACAUCUGCAUAAUCCCAGGAGGAUUCCAUGGUCUGCUCCUCUUCUAUUGGACUUUACUGUUGUAGAUUCUGGAAGAGCCACCACUAGGCAUCUAUCCCGUCCAUGAUGAAUAUAAACCCAUUCAGGAUCAUUGUCCUGUUUUGCCCAUCCGUUACAAGUGCUCUGCUUGGUUGUACUGUGUUGUGUGCGUGUGCGUGUGUGUGUGAUCUAUGUAGGAUGGGAUUAUGAUUUUUGUGAGUGUGAAAAGGCUUGUCUAAGGAGUCCCUAUCCUCAAUAUCAUAGCUGACCCCGGUUUGAGGGGUCAUACGUUUUCAUUUAUUAAAAUUCAGCUUUGCUAUCAUUCAUAGUGGCUGUCUACAGAUAAAAAUAAAAAAAACUGAAAGGAAAAAUGUAAAUAACAUUUUGCAACAUUGAAUGAAUUGAAUUCAAUUUGCAGAGUGGGCUUAACACAAAAUCUUUCAGAUAAUGGAAGGUAAAGAUAUAAUUCUAAGUAAUUUUGUUUAUUUACUGCUAACCAUUUCCAUUGUUUUGGUGGACACAGGAUCGCUGAGUGAGAUGGGAUGUUGUAAAACAUGGCAGAUGCCCUUUGGAUUUGGUGAAGCCGUUUAUUGUGUUUACCACUGCAGACUUAUCUACCCACAAAAAACUGUACCUGAGCAUAGUGCUUUUAAGCUGUAGAGAGAAAAAAAUGUCCUGUCAUUUUUAUACAUGUCUGUAAGUCAUAUUUUGACGUUUUUUAUAUAUACAAUACUUUAUAA